AACGAAAAUGGGGUAUAUAAAGAAUUUUCUACCGAAAUGUUGUGUGUACUGAAAACACUGCUUGCGCUCAUAUAAUCCGGUAUAAAAAUAUACGAGUAUAUAAUAUAAGACGAAAUGUCUGAAAUCUACUCAAUGAAGCAUUGCUUGAAGUAUCCCUACUUCACCUUGGAUCUGGCUGCAACGGAACCCUUCACUUGGAGCGGCGCACGCACGUACAGCUAUCGUAGGAUCUGGCUCAGGCGCGCGCUCUUCACUUUCGGCGCUAUAAAUUUGGUUUAUCAGAAUAUCGGUAUGCUCAUUUAUCUCUUCAUGCCGCACGAGAGCAGCGCUCAGUCUACGAUCGUGCAGGUAACCGAAACUGGAGGCAUUAUGGGGCUGACCAUGGUCGGAACAUCGAAUAUGCUCGUCAUGUUUUGGUAUGGAGACCGCAUAGCGAUGCUUUUAGAGAAAUUUCAGCAGUUAUUUCCUACGGCACGCCUCCAAAGGAAGGCCAAGUUUACGAAACAAUCGCUAAGAGGUGUGGAAUUUCCACAUCGCAUUGAGCAUUUUGUGUUGAAGUCCAAUAAACUGAUGAAGCUCGCGACUACACUUUACAUGUUCGCAUUUGCUUAUUACAAUUCCCUGCCGAUUGUCGAGUUUUUGUACGAGUGGACGACACCGGGAAUCGUUUGGAAAUAUCGUUACCAGUCCAAUACGUGGUAUCCCUGGCAAAAUGAGCGCAACGCCAAAUCAUUUGCGUCAUUUACGCUCGCUUAUGUUUGCCAAGUGCAGUCGUCGCUGACCGGUGUCGCCUUCAUUAUGGCCGCUGAAUUUAUGCUCUGCUUCUUCACGACACAGUUGCAAAUACAUUUCGAUUACUUGGCCAAUGCGCUGGAGACAAUCGAUGCCGCUGGCGCAAAUGCUAACGAGGAUUUGAAGUAUUUAAUAAACUACCACAGUCAGUUGCUGAGCUACUCCAAGGAAACGAAUGCUAUCUUCAACGUAUCGUUUAUGGUGAAUCUAUGCACUUCUGCCAUCGCGAUCUGUUUGAUGGGCUUCUCCAUGGUCAUGAUCAGCUUGGCUCAUGCCUUCAAAUACUCCAUUGGUCUGACUUCAUUCAUUGUUUUCACGUUUUUCAUAUGUUACACCGGCAAGGAGCUAACGGAAACGAGCGAUAAGCUUCUGAACGCGGCUUUUUAUGGCAACUGGUAUGAUGGAAACUUGGCUUACCGAAAAAUGAUACUAUUUUUUAUUAUGCGCUGUCGCAUACCAACUGAAUUGAGAGCAUACAAAUUUACUACAGUUUCGAUGCCCACCUUUACCGCGAUUUUAAGAUCGUCAUAUAGCUUGUUUACAUUUUUUCAAGCCAUGGGUCAGUAAUAAAAUCAGAUUUGGCAUGAUAUGGAAAGCGAUUUUAAACUGAUGGAAGGCAACAACUUAAGUGCUGCACCAGGUUCCUUUAAUCAACACGGUAGUCUCCAACAUUGAGUUUAUAGAUUCUAUAUGUAUUAUAGAGUUUUACUAGAUGCGCACUCAAAAUGGUGUAUCCAAUUAAGCAUGACAUUACAAGUCAUUUAACUGUCAAAUUAGCCAAGUCCCACACCAUUUAACUUAAAUCGUUAGACCUGUUCGAAAUGCCUACAUAAAUUAAAAUAAAAAAAGAAAUAUCCAACAAUUUAUGAAAUAAUUACAUUUUGUUUAAUAAAUCAUUAUUUCUUUAAUAUCAUUAUAAUUAUAAAUUGUUCCUUUUUAACUUUUUAUUUAAUUUUAUCAAUUAUUUUUCGAGAAUGCCACAUAUUUACAAAUUACUUACUUUCAUAUAAAUUAUCUGAUUAUUCAGAUUCAUCGCAUUAAUUUCGUUUGUAAUUUCCUUAGCUAAAAUAAAUAAAUAAUUGUGUAUUUAUCGGCCA